AUGGAUGCUACAAAAUUUGUUGCUUUGCUUCUGCAAGGCCUCGUCCUGUUCUCAGUGAAGGUUCAUGAGGAGCUGGAUGAGACCACCUGGCAGCGCAUGCAAGAGCGUGAGAAUGAGAUGGACCAGGAGAUGGUUCGUAUGAUGCAGGAGAUGGAAAGAAGAAGCCAACUGCACUGGAAGCUGGUGUCCAUGCUCCUUCAGCAGUGGCCUGAGGAGCACGGAAUGAUGGCCUGGGGAGCUGUGCUCUUUGCUGCCACUGCUGCAGUCUUUGUCCUCCUCUUUUGGCUUUGCUGCUGGCUGAGGAGAAAGAGCCCUGAUAUAGACUCUGUCUGCAGCAAGGAGUUCUCAUACAUCAGCAUAUAUCAGGAGGAGGAAGAGGAGGAGCAGGAGUUGCAGGACAAGGAGGAGUUGGAGGAGUUGGAGGAGGAAGAGGAUGAAAGCAGUGUAGAAGAUCUGAGAGACAUAGAUCAAGUAGAAAGGGGUCCUGUCGGGCACCUCCAGUGGCCAGUGCAGAAAAUGAUCUCCAGGAGCUGGGUGGUGAAGCAAAUGGUGGAUGACCUCCUGCAAGUCUUGCAAGAGCGUCUGUCAAAGACUUCAUUACCAGUGCUGCAGCCUGCCAUUGGUGUUGGCAGUGCCUUUGAAGGCUGGUGUCCCUAUGAGGAGGACUACAUUGUCUACCACCUCCUUGUGCCCAUGAAGCCACCCCGUGGGCAUGUCUUCUCCCUGGAGCUUGAAACAACACAGACUCCAGCUAAGGACUGCCGCAUCCGUGUGGCUCUGGAAUGCACCUGCACGGCACAAAAAACGCUAUGCACUGUCCACAACACCGAGGAGCAGCUGAACUGCAGAAAGCAGGAGACACUGAGUCUCCUAGACAUCCUCUGCACCCACUCGUACCUAGAUGUGGAGAAAGUUGCCCACUGGUUCCGGGGCUUGAUGAAGGAAGCUUGGGUGGCCUUGCCUCAGGCGCGUGAGUACAAAAUGAAGGCCAUGUGCUUCAGCCAGCGCUCCUGCCUGCUGCAGCUGACAAGUGACAAUGGGAGAAUUCUCAAUCUUCAGAUAAUGUUUGGGGUGCAGCAAGGUGAUACAGAUAUCUUCUUCAGCAGUCAGAUUGCAGAGGACACCUACACCCCAAGCACGGUAUGGAAAGAGAGCUAUGCUGUGGCAGAGAGCAAGUUCUUCAGGCACAUAGCCAGACAGGCCCCACAUAGCAGCUUCCACCUCCAGUGCCUGUAUCUCUGCUCCCACAUCUUGGACAGCACGGACAUCACUCCCUAUAUCUUGAAGACAAGUGUCAUGCACCUCCUCAACACCUCACCUAUGUCAGGCUGGGGGAAAUGGGAUGCCAUCAUCCGUCUGGCACACAUCCUGAGCUUCCUGAACUGUUGCCUGCAACAGAAACAUCUCAACCACUUCUUCUUUGGCAACAGAAACAUGCCCAAGGAGAUCAUCUUGCCCUCACACUUUGAAACAUCCCAGCCACUCAAUCUCUUGCAGCACCUGGUGGAGAAUCCAGCUGCCCAUGCCAGGGCAAUGACACAGUUGGGGCAGCUUCAGGAUGACCUCGCAAAGGGGAUGUACUAUGGGUACAUAAAGAGGCAGUCACGCUGAGAGCUGUGCCGCCACAGAUGCGUGUCACCCACGGGACAGUGACUGCCCUUGGUGCUGCCAGAGUACCCAUUUCUUCUGGCAUCUUUCCUCUGUACAAAUGCUGUGCUUGAGUGCAUGCUGCUUCUCUGUCUGUGCUUUGCUGUGUUGGGAAAGGUGGGCACAGGGUGCUGACUGCUCAGCUCCCACUGAGUCACAAUGAGCACCCUGGCAGCUGAGCUGAUGUGGCAGAGGCCCUCCAUGGUGCCGCUGGACCCCUGCAAAUGCAUGAGAAUAUAUAGGAAGAUUCCCUGGGGAGCUGCACCUGGACAACUGUCUAAGACUGGGACUAAAACAAUUGUAUAAAACUACCUGAGCAAUGCCUGCUAAGUAGAACAACUCCUGCAGAACAACUUCAGGAAGAACAACUCCAGAAGAAGGAGGACUGACCAACUCCACGGAAGAACAUCCCUGGACCACACAGAUGCUGAGAAGCAGUUGGAUGCUGAAAACUCCUUCUCACUUUCUAAUGCCCCCUCACCCUGUCUCCACCUGAUGGUGAUAUAAUCCCUGCUCUUUUCCUUCCCUGCUUUUCUCUUUUUCUCCAUUGCUCCCUCUCUCUCCCAUUCCCUCUCUCUGUUUUGUUCAAUGUUUAUGGUUUAAUAAAUAG